AAGUUCCAACAUCUCUGAGUUUCCUUCUCAGUCAUCUUCCUCUCUGUCAGUUAAUUCAGUACUUCUGUUCUGUGUUGGUCCUCUUCAGCAGCCAUGGCGACCGGUCUCUUCCGCAGAGCUGUUUCUAGGGUUUCGACUCCAGCAUCGAAGCUAAUUAGGUCCCGAGCGCACGCCUCCGAAGCUCAAGCCCAACAAGUCGAAGCUAAAGCGAAGGAUCAAUCCAAAAUGAAGACUUUCUCCAUCUACCGCUGGAACCCAGACAACCCUACCAAGCCUCAGCUCCAGGACUACGAGAUCGAUCUCAAGGACUGUGGUCCAAUGGUCCUCGACGCCCUUAUCAAGAUCAAGAAUGAAAUGGAUCCGACGCUCACCUUUCGCCGAUCAUGCCGUGAGGGCAUCUGUGGUUCCUGCGCCAUGAAUAUUGACGGCUGCAAUGGCCUCGCCUGCCUCACUAAGAUCUCGUCUGGAGCCUCGACCACAAUCACACCCUUGCCUCACAUGUUCGUGAUCAAGGACCUCGUCGUCGACAUGACCAAUUUCUAUAACCAGUAUAAGAGCAUUGAGCCUUGGUUGAAGAGAAAGACCCCACCGCCGGUUCCCGGGAAGGAGAUACCGCAGAGUAAGAAGGAUCGUGCAAAGCUUGACGGGAUGUAUGAAUGUAUUUUGUGUGCUUGUUGCAGCACUUCUUGCCCGAGUUAUUGGUGGAACCCCGAGUCGUAUCUCGGACCUGCAGCGCUGCUCCAUGCUCACAGGUGGAUAAGCGAUAGCCGUGAUGAAUACACAAAGGAGCGCCUGGAUGCAAUAUGUGAUGAAUUCAAGCUCUAUCGCUGCCACACAAUAUUGAACUGUGCCCGUGCCUGCCCCAAGGGAUUGAAUCCUGGAAAAGAGAUCACAACAAUCAAGCAUCUCCAGCUCUCAACUGGAAUCUGAUUUUGCAUAGUGUAUGACUACACUUUGGAAAUAAUUGCUUAUAGACUGAUGGUUCUCAGCAUCCAUGAAUCGUAAUUUUCUCUGGAAUUAAUAAUUUUAUGUACUGGGUGCACAUUCUUGCAUUAUCGUUAUUGUACUGUGACAUGUUCGAAGCUUAACCUCUUUGUUUCCAAUUGGUAUUCAACGAACGCUUGGGUCUGUCCUGACCUAGGUCCUAGGAGGUUUUACUUUCUGUCCUGUGCGCUAUUGUACAAGUGUUAGCAUGUCUGAUGUAGGACAAGCCUGCCUAUAUAAUUUCUGUGAAUUGAGUACAAACGUUACUUGUUCAGCUAAAAGAAACUGCUUAAUUUCUGUUGCA